GUAGCAUCUGCCGCAUUUUGCAGCGCUUCGCGAGCACGGAGUCCAGUGAUCGUGCUCAGAGGAAUAACAACAUGUCUCCGGUGCUGUGAUGGAAGUAGAAGGACACUGCAAACGACCAGCACGCGCGCACUGAGCGGCAGUCAGUGAUGACAUCACGCAGGUAUUGUCUGACACUUCCCAAUUCCUAACCACAUUCACCAUGGCAACAGGAAGAAAAGGCUCCACCUCCAAAGCGGGUGGAGUGCGUUUCCCUGACGAUGACGAGCCCCCUGGCUCUCCAACACGGAGAGACGACCAGUCAAACCUUUCUGCUCUCAUUGCUAUCCCAGAGAAGGAUGGCAGCUACUUGGUCAAGGCCGGUUUCCUGAAGAGCCACCACUGUUAUGAGAUCGUCUUCAGUGUUCCAGACGUACCCACACCGGGCAAAGAGCUCUCCUGUCUUCCUUCCUCUUCUCCGACUCGGAGGUCCCCCAGCCUGCGGGUCCAUCGUAUUAACUCCACUCUGGAGGGUGAGUUCAGAGGAGUGAAGGUAACAUGUGAGUACAGGACUCACCAGGAGGGGGUGCUGCAGGAGGAGAUCACUCUGAUGACCAAAGGCAGGAAGGACAGCAGUCUGAAGGUCAGACUGCAGGCCAGGGUCAUUGACCCUCAUCAUGGAACUCCCAUGCUGCUGGAGGGGGUGAGGUGCAUGGGGCCUCAGAAAGACGCCCACACAAAGCACAGCAGCGAUCGUAAGAGGAUAUGAUGAAAAGAUACACACAGUAUACAAGGGUAUUAGUCAGUAAGUGGGUCAGGGCUCAGAGUUGUAGUAUAGAAACACCAAAAUGUGUUGCCCAAAUUAGAAACAGCUUUAAUUGACUGGGGGAAAAUGAAUAAUGUAGUAUUUCAGAAUAUUUGUUGGACAAUAAGAGGUCAAACAAAUACUGUAAUUAACAUGGAUCAAUUUUCACAAUAAUCCAAAGUGCUGAGUUGUUUAGAAAAAUGCUUAAAUAACAAAGUUUAAAUAACACCAGCCUGCAGCAGCUCUGGAUGGACAGUUAACAAAUGUUGUCCAGUUGACAUAGCCAUGAAGCCUCUGUUGUUGGAGAGGUACGGUAAGCCAGCACUGAGCACUAGCCAGCUUACACAUUACACUUGUACACACACACGUCUCAGAUUCUGAGUCAUACUGUCCCCUGUUCCUUAACUAUGUUCACUACAUACCAUAAAGAACAUUUGCCAAAACACAGUGCAGUAAAAUGUUUGUGUCCAUCAGGACUGAACAGUUGCCAGACGGUGAUGGCGCAUUAAUUAAUGUUACUUUAUCUUGGCAUAAAAUUUCCAUGGCGGUCUCAUGAGUGUUUCUGAUCUCACUGCAGAGGCUUCAGUAACAGGGCGAGCUGGCCUGGUGUCACCCACAGUUCUUAGGUCUUCUCUGAAGCUGACCACCUGCAGACAGUUUGCUUGAAAAGAAAAAUCCAAUAUGGAAUCUGCUGAAGUCUGAGGGAUGUAGUUAGCAGGAUUUGAGCAGGGUGACAUGUUUACUGCUGCUGUUGAAGUUUGCUGGCAACUGAUGUUUUGGUUGCAGUCGGACUAUUGCACCAAUACAAUUCUCAUUGUACCACUGAUAUAUCACAUGAGGACAACUGAUUCAACUUCAGUGACAACACUUUAGCUGGGGCCACUUGCUCAUGGGCACUUUGGCAGCACUGUUUGCAAUAAGAGCCUGUGGCUGCUCAGCAGCUUUCUUAACCAGUCCACCUGUCUGAUGACAGGGGGACCGUUUUUUUAUUCCUGUAUUUCUCAGUAGCCAUAAAUGAAAAAGAGGAGCUCAUGAGGAUUUUCCCAUAUAACCACAGUCUGUUGUGUGUCGUUUUAACUGUAGCUGGCAAUUAGCUGUAUAACAUGGUACUUUAAGCAGCACGAUGCUAUUAAGAAAUGUAUGCUAUUAAAACAUGUUCUGUUUUUGGGAAAAAAAAGGAUCUGCCUUAAGCACCUGUUCUGUUGACAUCAGCGUAACCUUCUUCAUGUGUAUUAUAACAUCAGCAAAUGAGAGAAUAUGUUAAGAAUGAGUUCUUUUAAAUACACUGCUAAUGCUGUUACACAGCCCUUUAUUUGCAUGGUUUUUAUGUGAUGAAGUGCAACCAAAUCACCUGCCAUGGCCAAGUAAUUAAGACAGGUCAGGUGGAUGACAGGCCUUAGAGCCAACAGAAACGUGUCAAAUGUUUGUUUUUUUUUAUUAUACUGUAUUUAUUAUACUGAAUCUUCUGAAAAAGGAAGCUGCAGCUAAACGUUAGUUAUUUAUUACAGGGAUAGACUGGAAACCUUUUGGUAUGUUGUCUGAUUUAAAUAAGCUUUGAAUAACACUAAGAUAAUGUGUGUAUUCUUGGUAGAUCAUCAGCUCCGUGCUAACAUUUUAGCACACACUCUGUUGAGUAAUCAAAUCCAUGCUAACCCUUUUGCACACAGUAAAUUAAAUAACUACAUUCAGUUCAGUUCAAUUGAGUUUUAUUCAUAUAGCAGUGAAUCAUAACAGAAGUUAUUUCAAGGCACUUUUCAUAUACAUGAAUCGUUCUUAAAUCUCAGCUGUCAACAGUGUCAUUACAAAUGAUAUAAGAUGUGACUAAGGGGCAGUUGACAGUAAGUUAUUAUCACAGCUGUACACCUAAGCAGCUGUUAUUGAUCAAUAAACCAUUGUCUUUGUUACUCAACAUGGAUGUUUAGUGGAAGUGCUGGAGUGGAGCUUUAAUAUCUGUGAUCUACCAAAGACACACCAGUGACCAAAUAUAAGGAUUGUGAAUACACUUGUCUGUUUAUAUAGGCCUCAGUGAUUGUGGAUGGUUGGCCUGCAGUGUGUGUGUACAUAUUGUGGUGCUCUGUUGUCUGACUGUGACCUGCCACUAUACACUGUGUGUC